GGAGGGAAUUAUCUUGCUGCCCAAGCCAAAACCAAACCCCAAAAAUCCAACGACCGUAAUUACCCCACCAGCUUCCUCCAUUUACAUCUACUUAUAUAUAUACCCUAGCCCGCUCUCUGAACUCUCCGCCAUUGUCCUGGUCGUUCUCAUUUUCUCCUAAACCCUUCCGUCCUCAACAAAGAAAACUCCCAUUUCCAUGGCUACCAUCAAGUCCGUCAAGGCCCGUCAGAUCUUUGACAGCCGUGGCAAUCCCACUGUUGAGGUCGAUUUGCAUGUGUCGAAUGGUCUCUGGGCCAGGGCUGCUGUUCCUAGCGGUGCCUCAACCGGAAUCUAUGAAGCUCUUGAACUGAGGGAUGGAGGAUCAGAGUACCUUGGAAAAGGUGUUUCAAAGGCUGUUAAUAAUGUCAAUUCCAUUAUUGCCCCUGCUCUGAUUGGCAAGGACCCAACUGAUCAGAUUGGUAUUGAUAAUUUCAUGGUUCAGCAAUUAGAUGGCACUCAGAAUGAGUGGGGUUGGUGCAAGCAAAAGCUUGGUGCAAAUGCCAUCCUAGCAGUGUCUCUUGCUGUAUGCAAAGCAGGUGCUGCUGUCAAGAAUAUUCCUCUCUACCAGCACAUUGCAAACCUUGCUGGCAACAAGAAGUUGGUCUUACCAGUCCCAGCUUUCAAUGUCAUCAAUGGUGGAUCCCAUGCUGGAAACAAACUUGCCAUGCAGGAGUUUAUGAUUCUCCCCGUUGGAGCUUCUAGUUUCAAGGAGGCCAUGAAGAUGGGUUGUGAAGUUUACCACCACUUGAAGGCUGUAAUCAAGAAGAAAUAUGGACAGGAUGCCACCAAUGUUGGGGAUGAGGGAGGCUUCGCUCCUAACAUUCAGGAGAACAAGGAAGGUCUUGAAUUGCUAAAGACUGCUAUUGAGAAGGCAGGAUAUACUGGGAAGGUUGUUAUUGGAAUGGAUGUUGCUGCCUCAGAGUUCUAUGGGAAGGACAAAUCAUAUGAUUUGAACUUCAAAGAGGAGAGCAAUGAUGGCUCACAUAAGAUCUCUGGCGACCAGCUCAAGGAUCUUUACAAGUCAUUUGUUUCUGAGUACCCUAUUGUUUCCAUUGAAGAUCCGUUUGACCAAGAUGACUGGGAACACUAUGCAAAGCUCACUGCUGAGAUUGGAGAGCAAGUGCAAGUUGUUGGAGAUGAUCUCCUGGUCACCAACCCUAAGAGGGUUUCCAAGGCAAUUGAUGGUAAAUCAUGCAAUGCUCUUCUUCUCAAGGUUAACCAAAUUGGAUCUGUGACCGAGAGUAUCGAAGCUGUAAGGAUGUCUAAGCGAGCUGGUUGGGGUGUCAUGACAAGCCACCGCAGUGGAGAGACUGAGGAUUCCUUUAUUGCCGAUCUUGCUGUGGGUUUGGCAACGGGUCAAAUCAAGACUGGAGCUCCCUGCAGAUCGGAGCGUCUGUCCAAGUAUAACCAGCUUUUGAGAAUUGAGGAGGAACUGGGUUCAGCAGCUGUUUACGCCGGAGCCAGCUUCCGCAAACCGGUUGAGCCUUACUAAAUGGAUGUUGAAGGGCUGAGGCGCAGCAUUCUGCUGGUGUGCUUGUAAUGCGAGCCCACUUUUAUAUAAGAAUAAAGAAAAUACUUCAUAGAUUACAAGUUUUGUUCUGCUGAGGUUUGAAGCUUGCAACGAUUCCCAUCAGUUGUAUUUCUUCUUUGUUAUUGGGUAGCAGCCUGUCAUUGUUUUUGAACUUCAAACCUGAUUCCAUGUUAUUUUUAAAUUAUAAUGAUUUUGGCAGUUCUAUUUGGUCGAUUUUAAAAAAAGUGUCUUCCGGCU